UUUAAAGCAGCCGUUUAGUCUAAUCCAGCGCACAUCAUGAUGACCUCAUUGUACUCCAUCAUUCUUUUUCAGUCUGCUUUUCGGUCUCUGCCUGGGCCCUUUUCGUUCAGUGUGAGCUCAGCUCUUGCUGGGUGAGCUCAACAUUCCCAUAAGUACCCUCCUACCUGCUGACUUUCUCGGGUUAAUAUCUCUAGUUCUGUCCUCUUACCGAGCUUCAUACAUGGUUAUUUCAUUGCAUCCUCCACUUGGAUGCCUCAAAGUCGUAUCAAACCUAAAACGUCCGGGGCAGAGCUUUUGAUUUAUACCCCUUAGUUGAUGCUUUGCUCUCCACCUCAGUAAAGAGAUCCACCAUUCACUUAAAAUUGCUCAAGCUAGAAACUCAAUAGGCAUCUUAGACUUUCCUCACCUCCCCGUAUAUAAUUCGUAUAUAAUUCACCGGCAAGACUUCCACCUCCCUAAUGCAAUCUCAGCCGCCAUCUCUCCCGGGGUGUCCCCCAUCCCCUUCCCACCGCCUUCCCACCUCCCUCAUUCUCCUGUCGCCAGAAUCAUCCUUUAUCUUAUUUUUAAUUUUUUUCAAUGUUUUUAUUUUUGAGAGAGACAGAGUGUGAGCAGAGUAGGGGCAGAGAGAGGAAGACACAGAAUCCAAAGCAGACUCCAGGCUCUGAGCUGUCAGCACAGAGCCCGACGCAGGGCUUGAACUCACCAACCGGAGAUCAUAACCUGAGUCGAAGUCAUACGCUUAAGCGACUGAACCUCCAACAAAAUCAUCCUUUAAAAACGAAUCCAAUUAUUGUACUUUCCAUUCUUUUCGUUUUUCUUCCUAACUCCUUUCUGUAACCUACCUCUGGACUAGAUCCAGCCCCUGACUACUUCUCUUGUUCAGUUCUUCUGACUACUUCUUCAUGUUCAGUUUCUCUUCCUCUUUCUCUAAUCACGCGUUCAUUCUCUAUGAAGCCAAGCUGACUGCCCCAGACCGCUUGCACCUGACCCUGCUCUCCACCCUGCCUUCCUAUGAUGGUUUAAGGCUCAGAUGUCACAUACUCUGUGUAUUGGUCAGGGUUCAACCAGAGAAACAGAACUGCUAGGAGUUAUAAAUUAAGAGGUUUAUUGCAAGGAAUUGGCUUACACAAUUGUGGGGGCUGGCUAGGCAAGUCAGAAGUCUGUGGGGCAGGCUGGAACUCUCAGGCAUGUGGUGUAGCUGCUGUCUGUAGGUGGAGUAUCUGCAGAGAAGCUCCAGGCCUGCUCUUAAAGCCUUUUAACUGAUUGGAUCAGUUCCACCCAGAUAAUCUGGGAUACUCUCCCUUCUUUAAAGUCAACUGGUUAUGGACUUCAAUCACAUCUACAAAACACCUUCACAACAUCACCUAGAUUGGUGUUUGGUUGAAUAGCUGGGAACUGUAGCCUAGUCUAGCUAAACUGAUACAAAAAACUAACCAUCACACUCAGAGACACCCUCUCUGGCCACCCAAUCAGAAAUAGGUCAUUCUUGCUCUACUGCUGGUUUUCUCCAUGGAAUAAGAAGAGGACCCAUCAUCCAGGUGCCUGGCUGGCUCAGUUGGUACUACAUGGGACUCUUGAUCUUGGUUGGGGUUGUAAGUUUGAACCCCAUCUUGGGGGUAGAGUUUAAAAAAAAAAACGCAAAAAAAGGACCCAUCGGCAGCUGUAAUUGUUUAUCUUAUUAUUUCCCCCAAAGACUUAGUUCCUUGAAAGUAGCCACAUGAAUUUGUCCCCAUUUACCCAGCACUGACCACAGUACCUGACACAUAAUAGAUACUAAAAAAAGAAAAUUGUUGAAUAAAUAUAUGGAUGAAUUUAAAACAUUCUAUUGUCCCCAAGCAUAUAAGCACCUGUUUUCAAACAAUGUCUGUCUAAAUUAAUUUGAAAGGCUUCCAUGGUGUAUGUAUUAAUCACAGUUCUCCAGAGAAACAAAACCACGGGAGAUUAUACACACACAGACACACACACGCACAUGCAUUUAUUUUAGGAAUUGGCUCAUGUGAUUAUGGUGGCUCCUUUCCUCGUUCACAUCCUUGCUUCUCCUUCCCAGCCAGCCAGUUGUCUGUCCACAACUGGAAAAUGACAUUUUUCUUUAACUUAGUGAAGAAAAUAUGACAGACAGAUGACUGGAAAGGCAAAUAACACAGUAUGUAAACUAAACGAGAAUUGUGAAAGCAAUGUUUUUUGUACGUUCUUAAUAUCACACCAAAACGCAUUUUGGUUUCUAUAGUGCAGUUCCCUUUAUCAGAAAGCCAACUUUUAUGCUGCUUCUCGCCAGUGCUUUUGUUUGCUCUUUACUCACCCACGCCUUCCUGAGCCAUAUAAGCAGAUCAAAGAGAACCUGGUUGAGAUUUCUCUUCCUGAAGGAAGGCACCUGUUAAGGACUCUGGAAAGGACAGUAUCUUUGUCCCAGUUCACAAUGGAUUGGCUUCAGCUGUUCUUCCUCCCUCCUGUAUCACUUUAUCAAGGGGCCGCUUUUCCUUUUGCACUUCUGUUUAAUUAUCUCUGCACUGUGGAUUCAUUUUCCACCCCUGCCAGGUACCUCUUUCUCCUGGCUGGAGGCGGGGCCCUGGCCUGGGCUGCUAUGGGUUCCUUCGCCGCGCUUGUCCUCAUCCCUGCUCUGUGCGCUGGGGUUCUGAUUUCCUCUCUCGGCCCCCGGGAUGUCCACAGGUGGGCUUUCUUCUUUCAGAUGAGCUGGCAGACGCUGUGUCACCUGGGUCUGCACUAUACUGAAUAUUACCUGCAAGAACGUCCUUCCAUGAGGUUCUGCAUCACUCUUUCCUCCCUCAUGCUCUUGACCCAGAGGGUCACAUCCCUCUCUCUGGACCUUUGUGAGGGAAAAGUGAAGGCAGAAGCAAGAGGCAUCAGGGGCAGAAGCUCUGUUCUUGAACAUCUGUGGAAGACAUUGCCCUAUUUCAGCUACUUGCUCUUUUUCCCUGCUCUCCUAGGAGGCUCCCUGUGUUCCUUCCAGAGAUUUCAGGCUCGUGUUCAAGGGUCCAGCAGUUUGGGUCCCAGGCGCUCUGUCUGGGCUCUGACCCGGAUGGGUCUGCAGAUUCUGGGCCUCGAGUGCCUAAAGGUGGUCCUGAGGAAGGUGGUGGGUGCAGGAGCAGGUCUGACUGACUGCCGGCAACUCCAGUGCAUCCGUGUCAUGUGGUCCACAGCCGAGCUCUUCAAACUCACCUACUAUUCCUGCUGGAUCCUGGAUGAUGCGCUCCUCCAUGCAGCAGGCUUUGGACCUGAAUUUGGUCAGAGCCCUGCUGGGGAGGGAUACGUCCCUGAUGCGGACAUUUGGACACUGGAAACAACCCACAGGAUAUCCCUGUUCACGAGAAAGUGGAACCAAAGCACAGCUGGGUGGCUCAGACGCCUCAUAUUCCAGCACGGCAGGGCCUGGCCGUUGCUGCAGACAUUUGCCUUCUCUGCCUGGUGGCACGGGCUCCAUCCAGGACAGGUGUUUGGUUUCCUCUGCUGGGCUCUGAUGGUGGAAGCUGAUUACCUAAUCCACACCUUUGCCAACUUGUCUAUCAGAUCCUGGCCGAUGCAGCUGCUCUAUAGAACUGUCACCUGGGCCCACACCCAGCUCAUCAUGGCCUAUAUAAUGCUGGCGGUGGAGGUCAGGAGCCUCUCCUCUCUCUGGCUGCUGUGUAAUUCUUACAACAGUGUCUUUCCCAUGGUGUAUUGUGUUUUGCUUUUUCUAUUAGCGAAGAGAAAGCAUAAAUUGACCUGAUAUCUUUCCCCAGCCUUCAUCUUAUACAUCCAUGAAAUAGAGUUUAAAAAGUGCCAGAUGGUGUGUUGAUGAUGCAUAUGCUUGAACUUUUCCAUACUAGAAGGUUUUUUUUUUUUUUUUCCCAAGUAUUGGAUGUGUAUACCUCAUGUCUUGCCAUAGAAAUUUGGGCAUCUACUUUAACAAGCUAUUAUACUGGUACCAAAGUCCCGCCCCCCCCCCCAAAAAGAGACAAAGACAUGGUUUCUUCCCUUGGGGCUUACAGUGUAGGUGUGGAAACAACAUUUAGGUAAGGGGAUAGAUAAAAACAUUAGGUAUUGUGAACCAAAUGACAAACAGUAUAUACAUGGACACCUAAACAUUGAGUGUCCAAUUGGUCCACUUGAUCCUGGACUGUGAGUUCAGCAAGACAAAAACAACAAAAACAAAAACUUAAGUCAGGGGCACCUGGUUGGCUCAGUCACUAGAGCAUGUGACUCUUGAUCGCGAGGUCGUGAGUUCUAGUCCCGUGUUGGGUGUAGAGAUUACUUUAAAAACAACAACAACAAAAACCCUCUAAAUCAUAUAAUUGUGUGGGUUUGUUACAUGAACUAGAGGCUCGUGAUCCGUAAGUAAUUUGAAAAAUUUGGUCUCAGAAUGGAAAGGCUGAUAUUAUCUCAGAAUAUGUUAAUAAAUUGAAAAUCUGGCUGAGGCUUGAUAAGCACUUACAUAAUUGUUAAGUACAAAACUGACCCAUGAAAUAUGUCACACAAAGAGACCAAGAACAAGAGGUAAAUCCUAUUUUAGUACAACGUUGAGGGUCCAGUUCCCUUUUCUUGGCACAUCCUAAAUAAUUGUCUCCGUUUCUUCCUCUGUUAGGACUUAAAAUACCCCAAGAGAAAGCUGUCAAGACCUCCAGUGGUAGUGAAGCCACAGUCACAUAACGAUCGUUUUCACAUCUGUGGGCCACCUGGCAUGUUACAGAAUUACAAGUUCUCUUCAAAUCAAUUUUAGCUCAGCUUACUUUAAAAACUUACCCUCUUUCUAAGCAAUGGCAUCGGUGAAAAUCGAGUUUAGUGCAUUAAUUAUAUUUUAUUCUCACAUUCACUAAAAGGAAUACAUACAAAUCAUUUGUGUCCCACGUAAAAUCAUCUGCUGACUCCAUUUAUUGCACCAUGGGAAGCACUGCACAGCAUCUAAUCUUCCCAAACCAACCAUUUUCAUUCUUUACAAAAUUUAAACUUGCAAGUGAGCUUCUAAUUUUUAAAACCUGACGAAGACAGUCAGAAGUUAUAGAUCGUUUAGAAAGUUGUGUCGGGGCUCCUGGGUGGCUCAGCUGGUGAAGCAUCUGACUCUUGAUUUCGGCUCAGGUCAUGAUCUCACAGUUUGUGAGUUCA